AGAUAAAAUCCAGUUACCUUUUACAUGAAAGCAAUGCAAUCUUGAUGUUUCUUAAUUUUGCAUUAGUAGUUACAACCUUAGAAAUCAAAUGAGUUGUUAGAUGCACAAUGGAAAAAAAAAGCAUUUUACAAAGAACACAUGUUUUAUACAAGUCAUUUAACUUGACAAAUAUCAAAUAGUUUAUUCUAUUUCACUUUCUAGGAAAAACACCAACUGCUCCAAAAGAAUGUGUUUCUCUCCCAUUCUGGAAGUCAACAUGCAGUCUGAAUCUAACAUUACAGUGCGAGAUGACAUUGAUGACAUCAACACCAAUAUGUACCAACCACUCUCAUAUCCAUUAAGCUUUCAAGUGUCUCUCACCGGAUUUCUCAUGUUAGAAAUUGUGUUGGGACUUGGCAGCAACCUUACCGUUUUGGUACUUUACUGCAUGAAAUCCAACUUAAUCAACUCUGUCAGUAACAUUAUUACAAUGAAUCUUCAUGUACUUGAUGUAAUAAUUUGCGUGGGAUGCAUCCCUCUAACUAUAGUUAUCCUUCUGCUUUCACUGGAGAGCAACACUGCUCUGAUCUGCUGUUUCCAUGAGGCUUGUGUAUCUUUUGCAAGCGUCUCAACAGCAAUCAACGUUUUUGCCAUCACUCUGGACAGAUAUGACAUUUCUGUAAAACCUGCAAACCGAAUUCUGACAAUGGGCAGAGCUGUAAUGUUAAUGAUAUCUAUAUGGAUUUUUUCCUUUUUCUCUUUCCUCAUCCCUUUUAUUGAGGUAAAUUUCUUCAGCCUUCAAAGUGGAAAUACAUGGGAAAACAAGACACUUUUGUGCGUCAGCACAAACGAAUACUACACUGAACUGGGGAUGUAUUACCAUCUGCUGGUACAGAUCCCAAUAUUUUUUUUCACUGUCGUAGUCAUGUUAAUCACAUACAGCAAAAUUCUACAGGCUCUUAAUAUUCGAAUAGGCACAAGAUUUUCAACAGGGCAGAAGAAGAAAGCAAGAAAGAAAAAGACAAUUUCUUUAACCACGCAACAUGAGACUACAGACAUGUCACAAGGCAGUGGUGGGAGGAAUGUAGUUUUUGGUGUAAGAACUUCAGUCUCUGUCAUAAUUGCCCUCCGGCGAGCUGUGAAACGGCACCGUGAACGACGAGAGAGGCAAAAGAGAGUCUUCAGAAUGUCUUUGCUGAUUAUCUCUACAUUUCUUCUCUGCUGGACACCAAUUUCUGUUUUAAAUACCACCAUUUUAUGUUUAGGCCCAAGUGACCUUUUGGUAAAAUUAAGAUUGUGUUUUCUAGUCAUGGCUUAUGGAACAACUAUAUCUCACCCUCUCCUAUAUGCAUUCACUAGACAAAAAUUUCAAAAGGUUUUGAAAAGUAAAAUGAAAAAGCGGGUUGUUUCGAUAGUGGAGGCUGAUCCCAUGCCUAAUAAUGCUGUAAUCCAUAACUCAUGGAUAGAUCCGAAAAGGAACAAAAAAAUUACUUUUGAAGACAGUGAAAUCAGAGAGAAAUGCUUAGUACCUCAGGUUGUCACAGACUAGAGCAAAGUCCAAGUUUCACCAAAAUCACAUUCAGAUGAGUUUUAAAUUAAAAUUGUAAAAAAUAAAAUUACUGCCAAAUAUAAGAAAAUAAUUUUUAAGUACCAGUUAUGUUGUAAAUUUUCAAUGUAAAUGUCAUUUAGAUUAGGUCAUAUAUAUUCAAUUUCUUCAUUAAUGUAUUUGUUGCAUGGCAGUUUGUUGAAAUAUUUUGUCAAUAUUAUGUCCAUCAGAAGAUAUUAAUGUAAGUCAUAUUUUCUAAAGAAUAAAUACAUAGCCUUAAAA